AUCCCAUCUCACGGCUAGCUAGCACAAGCAUAGUGCAGGGGCUUGCCACCUAAGUAAGGCCCGCCUGAGAGCCAUGGCAUCCAAGGCCGUCCUCUUCUUGGCUCUCAACCUCCUGUUCUUCACGGUGGCCAACGCCUGCGGCAACUGCCCGACCCCAACGCCCCCGGUCGAGCCACCGCCGCCGCCUCCUGCUGCUACCCCACCCCCUUCGUCCAGCGGCAAGUGCCCGCUGAACGCGCUCAAGUUCGGCGUGUGCGCCGAUGUGCUCGGCCUCGUCAAAGGCGAGGCUGGCAAGGUGCCUGCCGAGCCAUGCUGUACCCUCAUCAAAGGCCUUGCGGACUUCGAGGCCGCCGUCUGCCUCUGCACGGCCAUCAAGGCCAACGUGCUCGGCGUCGUCAUCGAUGUCCCCAUCAAGCUCAGCGCCCUCGUCAACUACUGUGGCAAGUGCGUGCCCAAGGGCUACUUGUGCGCGUAAGCAGCUUCCGGCGGUCACACGCUCGUAGCUGUUCACGUACGAGAUUACAUAUGCACGCACCCUGCAUGGCACGAAUGCAUGCAUUGUGUCUGCUGAUAUAUCUCUCCUGUCUCAGUUGCAUUGUGCACCUUUCGGUUCUACAAAACCUAGAACCAUUCCAGCCAAAUACUUGUCAGUUCAAUUCGCAUGUAUUGUCUCUUGUUGAAUUCCCAUUUUUUUUUGUAUUUGGUCAUUUCCUCGUAAGAGUCCGACACCUUCUCCAAGGAAAAAGGGCAGUGUUGAGAGUCAUUGUUGUGUAUGUAAAACCAAACACUUGAGCUUGUAGUACCUUAUUCGAUUUCUUAUUUAUUCCUGUCUUUCGGAGUGAG